CGACAGAAGCCACUUUGGAGAUGACAAAAAAAAUGGCUGCCGUGGGCGCUGACGCAGUCAUGGUGGUGACGCCCUCGUAUUAUCGCGGCAGAUUGAACACCGCAGCCUUCGUCCAUCACUACAGCCGGGUUGCUGAUGGCUCCCCGGUGCCGGUCGUGUUGUACAGUGUUCCCGGGAACACGGGGCUGGAGCUCCCGUUGGACGCCAUCCUCACCCUCUCCCAGCAUCCCAACAUCAUCGGCCUGAAGGACAGCGGCGGCGACAUCACCAGGAUGGCUCUGAUCAUCUACAAAACUCGGAAGCAGGAGUUCCAGGUGCUCGCGGGAUCAGCAGGUUUCCUCCUCUCCGCUUACAGUGUGGGUGCGGUGGGUGCUGUGUGUGCACUGGCUAACGUGCUGGGAGAGCAGCUGUGCUCCCUGGAGAAGCUGUGUCUGAGCGGGAAGUGGGAAGAGGCUCUCGAGCUACAGUACAGACUGCUCGAACCCAACACAAUGGUGACUCGCACACUGGGCAUCUCUGGCCUGAAACAGGCCCUGGAGUGGUUUGGUUACCAUGGAGGAGUGCCUCGCUCCCCACUCCAGCCGCUGACCGACACCGAGAGAACAGACCUGCGUGCAGUCUUCACCAACAAUGGGUGGCUGUGACCGGCCAGUGGGCAAAAUGCACACAUCUCCCUCCCCCUCUGCCCCCCAUCGUCUCCCUGCCUCUCUCCCC